AUGAAUUACAUUAAACAGAAAGUUGAAGUUGUAGAUGAGAAAAAGUUGGAGCCUAGUACCACUAAAAAAGUACAAAGAAUCCUAAGAGCCAUUUAUAUCACCCUCUACAAAGCAACUCUACAAGCCAUAGCACGCUUUUUAAACUUCCUUGUACUUGCCUGGUUAUCAUUUUACUACAUAGCUGAAUCAAUAGUGCGCAACUUCACUCCAAGAGCUUUAAGUACCCUAAAAUCCCUAAGAGGUAAAACAAUAUUGGUAACUGGAGGUGCAGGAGGUGUAGGUCAAGAACUGGUACUCAAACUAAUCAAGUACAAAGCCAAAGUAGUCGUUUGGGACAUCAACGAAAAAGCAAUAGCAAAACUAAAUGAAAAAGUUGCAGAAGAAGGAUUCAAGCUUUACCCAUACGUUGUAGAUUUGGCAGACAGGGAAAGCGUCUACAAAACAGCCGAAAAAGUCAAAGACGAAGUGGGUCCCAUUGAUGUUUUGAUCAACAAUGCCGGAGUUGUUUGCGGACAAACGUUUUUGGAGUUGCCUGAUUAUAUGAUUGAGAGGACUUAUAAAGUUAAUACUUUGUCUUGCUAUUGGGUAAAUCGUUUGACCAACAUAAACCUCACGCUGGUCUGUCCCUAUUUCAUCAACAGUGGCAUGUUUGAAGGGUGCAAGCCCCAUCACGCCCCAAUGCUGGAACCUAAAGAUGUAGCAAAAAGAAUUAUUUUGGCUAUUAGACGGGAAGAGGAUUAUUGCACCGUGCCUGGAAAUGCCGGCUACAUUUUGGCAAUGAAACAAUAUUUGCCUGCAAAAUUAACUUGGCUUUGGCAGCACAGGAUCAUAAGGCUGCCCCAAGCAAUGAAAACGAUGAGGCAAUUCAGUGAAGUUCAAGCCGCUUGA